AGCUAAGCACUCACAGAAGAGACCAUUCCAAGGACUCUUGCUGGCAAGGGGCUUAUUUUCUUCACAGCUCAGGAAGCCGUGCACCUAGAACCACAGGCACCUUCGACUCUGCUCGUGUUUUAUAAGGGCACAAAGGAAACCCAGCCUGAUUUCCUCCUUCAGGACAAAGGAAGCCAGGAGUGGGCGUAGGACCCAUUCACCCCACCCACCGCAGAGAGCACUACAAAUGCCACUGUGAGCCCUGCCAUUCCACAGCUUUGUGCUCCAGACGGCAUUCCUGCUUGGACACCAUGGCAGUCCAGUGCCUUCUACUCCUUGCUGGCGUGUUGGUCUUGGCUGCCCCAGGCCACUCCAUGCUUGCACAAACCCUAAACGUCUUCAAGAAAUCUCCCUCCAACACUUCGGCCAGUGCUCUGAAGAAAACCAGUUGGCCUAAGGACUGCAGUGAGGUCUCUGCUGGCAGCCCCAGUAGUGUCUACAUCAUCCAGCCCACAGGACUGGACCCCAUCGUGGUGUACUGCGAAAUGAAUGCGACAGAAAGGGGCUGGACGGUCAUCCAGAGGAACCGGCAGAGCACGGAGAUCACCUGGGCUGAGUCCUGGAGCACCUACAAGUAUGGCUUUGGGGAUGUGCACACCGAGUACUGGCUGGGCACUGAGUACAUCCAUCAGAUCGCCAAGCAGAAGGUCUACCAGGUCAGAUUUGUCAUCCAGGACUCCUCAGACAACAUCCAUUUCGCAGACUACAACCUCUUCAGUGUAGAAGAUGAGUCCCACGGCUACCGGCUGAGGCUGGGCUCCUACGCAGGGACAGCAGGGGAUGCCAUGGACUCAGACAAUCCCAGGAAGGUGCACAACAACAUGAAGUUCUCCACUAAAGAUCGGGAUCAGGACACUUACAGAGGGAACUGUGCCUCCCGCUAUGGGGGUGGGUGGUGGUAUUCAGCCUGUUAUUCUGUACGGCUGAACGUCAAGGGGGGCAUGACAUGGGGCAGCCUGUGCAAAGGGAACUGCAAAGCUUCUGCCAUCCUCAUCAAACCAGCUCUGUACCAUUAGUACCCUUUCCCCCUCCUGACUGCUUUGGGCAGACAUGGGGGGCCAUUUUGCUGGCUUGGGGUGAAAAGGCUUUUUCCUGUACAUAAAAAGCUGUUUUCCUCUUCUCUUGAAAAGUACCAAAGUUCCAUGUUUUGUCUCUGGCCUGUGGUGGGUUUGUAGGGAUCAUUGUUAGGGCAAGUCUUUAUAAACGCUGUGGUUUCGAAUCAUGUUCCUUCUCGGGAGAAAACUGUGUUCUGAAACCUAAAACCCUCCUGAUCCAGCCAGAUCUUAUUCUCUUUUUGCUUUGUGGGUAUAGAUAACUUCAGCAGAAAACUGUCAGUCAUCACUAGCUAACCUGCUGUAGGUUGCUCUGAGCCCAGGCAGGCCAUGUACACACCAUAUCCCUGCCGUAGUCUCUGUUCAUCCUGCAGAAUAAAACUGCUUUCAGAACCCG